AUGGCGUAUUCCACGCCACACCAAGCUCACUCGGAGCACAUGUUUCGGAUCGAGACAGGCUGGACAACUCCUCCGACCAGCGCCGACGGCAGCAUGAGCCGGGAUCCGUCCAUAUCCACCGGCCUGUCAAUGCUCGGAGUUGACGACAGGGCAAUGCACGAACACGACCCAAUGUCGGCCCCACCAGAACUGUACUCUUCCACGAUGCCGUGGACCCCUCCUACCGACUUCCCCUUUGCGGAGGUGCCCAUCUCGACGGCUCAUAUGACUGGUGCACACAUGCGAUCUCAGUCGUUCGAUGUCUCCAUGGCCACUCCAAUGCCCUGGUCAGAUCCGGCAGCACACGACAUGGUCUCAUACUCCCAGGUGCCAACGCCGGCAAGCGGAACCACAAACUUUUUCCCAAGCCCAACAGCAACGCCUACUAUGCGUCCGACAAGCUCGCGGCAGAAAUCUUCCUCCUCACUCGGCGGAGGCUCUUGCAACUGCUUCACGGUCUGCCUCCAGUCACUCCAAGCUCUACAUAAUGCCUCAUCGCCGGCGUUGCCACCGUUCGACGUCGUCCUGUCUGUUAAUAGCAAGGCUGUCGAGGGAUGUGCAGCUAUGCUGGCGUGUAACAGGUGUUUCAGUCGCUCCGGAACACAAACUGCUACUAUGCUGCUCGCAACCGUCAUCGGCAAGAUAACCUCAUUUUACAAGAACGCCUCGUUUUCGUACCUCGACACUGGUAGCAUGGGCUUUCCGUACAACACCCCAGGGGGUCCAUUGGGGGUCAGUCUUGGUGUAUAUCAGCUAAACGGCGAAGAUGGAAAAUGGUUUGAGCUCGAAAUACUGGCUCGUGAGCUUCGCAAAUUGGAAGAGGUUUACGCCAAGUUCCGCGACGUAUGCCACGACGUAUCCGACGACCAGGAAGUCACCAACGCGAUGCUAGGAUAUCUUGGGCAAAACCUUGACUCUACACUGGAAGUACUCAACCACAGGAAAGGCGACAUGACAUUUGUUGCUUGA